UGCUGAUUCCGAGAGUGUCUCUGCUGAACUUGUCUCCAUCGUCUGUUGCAACACUCAAUCGGAAACAGUGGCAAUAUGAACAGGCGAUCCUGUUCUUCGACAUAGCAGCAAAUGGGAUUCCUGAUCCGGCCAAUAUCUCAUUCCAGUUAUUGCAGGGUUUCACAUGCACAAGUGUUCAGGACUAUGAUGUUGUCAAGGUACAGAACCUGAUCAAAGGCUGCCGGAAACGUGGCAAUACCAAGAUUGUGCUUCAGGAGUCACAGCUGAUGUGCAUGUAUAACUACAUGAAGGACUAUAAUCUGAACACCUUCAAUGACUACCCUGCUGAUAUGCUUCUAUAUUACGACUACUCCCUGAUUGGACAGUCAGUAUGUCAAGCCUACUUCUCUGCUCUGGGCAAUGCUGAUUUCACUGUGUUCUCCAACACUCUGGCCUUCAGAAGACAGCUACUGUUUAACAAUGCCAGGCAGUGCCUUGGAAUUUCAGGGUUGAAUAUUAGCCAGAUGCAGCUGAUUGUGUUGGGAAACAUGGUUUGUGUCCUGAACGGAUCCUACAUCCAGAACUCAGACCCGUAUGUUCUAGAAAUGCUGAAACGGUGUCCAGAUCUCUCAGCAGACCAGAGCAGUGCAGUGGAGAGCAUGUUACUGACAGGACACACCAUAUAUGGGGCUCCCACCAGCUGGAAUGUAACCACUCUGACCAACUUGGGCUCUCUUCCUCUCUACCUGAGUUCAGUCUUCUGGUCCCAGUUCACAAUGAAUAAUAAAGUUCAGUUCUUCAGGACAUUUUUACCCCAGCAAAUAAGAGGCAGUGUGUCCCGGGUGCUCAUCAGCAACAUGAUGACUGAAGCAGCAUACUCUUCAAGGCCCCAAACCAAGAGCACAUACAGAGCAAAACGAGACACAGCAUGUACUAUGGGGCAGAUUACUCAGGUGCAAGUGUCUGAUGGCUCCUUCCCCUUCGGCUACGACGUGACACAGUUUAAUGCAUGUCUAAGUGUUCAGGUACUGAAGGACAACCUAGCCACCAUAGCACAGAAGGCUAUGGGGAGUGGCUACCAGCGUGUCAUCCUGGACAAACUCAACCAGGCUUACCCAACGGGCAUCAGUAACGAGGUGCUGCAAGUUCUCGGCCCUGCCUCCCGUGCAGCCACCUCCGAUGACAUCAGCAGGUGGACAGUGACAAAGAUUGAUACGCUGUCCAAUCUGAUGAACUCCACAUACGGAUCAUGGACCCCUUCACAGGUACAAGCCAUCGUAAGCAAAUAUCUGAGUGGCACAGGGAACUCUCUGGGCAGCUUUGAACUCAAUGCAUUGAGAGGAGCAAAACUGUGUGCUCUGAACACUAGCAUUCUGACCAACAUUACCUCUACUAGCCUACAGCAUGCUGAAGCCAUAUCAGUCUCUAACUGCAGUCUGGAGCAGAAGCAGGCUCUGUUUACAAUCGCUGAGGUCGCCUUCAGUGACCGCACUCUCUACAAAAGUACACGAGCUACCAAUACCAUCUCCCGUACCUCCUACUUCCUCACACAGUCAUUACUGGGUGGUGCCAGGCUUCCAUAUGUGGAGGCCCUUUGUAGGUCAAACAUCAGCAUGGAUUUGAACACUUUCAUUUCACUCAACCAGGAGGUCAUCAAUGCACUCUCAGUGCCUCAGGUUAAGCAAUUGCUGGGUCGCAAUCUGCCAGAUCUGAAGACAUAUGAGAAUGCCUCAGCAGUGCACAGCUGGGUGGUG